AUGCAUGUUGAAACUGUAGACUUUAGCAGUGGCGAAUCAGAACUAGAAAAAUCCGAUAAUGAACAUGAUAUGACUGGUGCAUCUGAAGCUGUAGAUGAUGACUUACUUAUUGAUGAUGAUGAAAAUAAUCCUGAUGUUAUCUAUGAUACCUUAUUUUAUCCUUCCAUAAAAGAUUUCACAGGUUCACCUGGUAUUCAGAGUACUAUUACUGUUCCAGAUGAUACUCCAUUGUGCUACUUCAAAAUUUUUUUUACUUUAAAUCUUUUAGAAAUGAUAACAGCACAAACAAAUCUAUACCAGGAACAAAACCCUGAAGGCCCGCGAAAAAAUAUGAAGUCCUGGGAACCUCUUACAGUUGAUGAAUUACGGAUUUUUCUUGGAACAACAAUCAAUAUGGGACACGUUCGAAAAGGUGCAAUUCAAAAUUAUUGGAGCACAGAUCCUCUGUUGGAAACUCCAAUUUUUAAAAAGAUCAUGCAUCGAAAUAGAUAUCUUCAAAUCUUGCGAUUUUUGCAUUUUUCAAACAACGAAGAAAUAGUGAAUCAUCUUCUGAAAAAAGUGAAACCUGUAAUUGACGAUCAAAGAGAAAAAUGUUCAAAUUCUAUAUUACCAGGACAGAAUCUUUGUAUUGACGAAAGUUUAGUUUUAUGGAAAGGGAAGCUGUACUUCAAACAAUUUUUACCGUUGAAACGACAUCGUUUUGGUAUCAAAUUGUUUGAACUAGUUGAUUGUAAAACUGGAUUUUUGAUAGAUUUCAUUUUAUAUACAGGUUCAGAUACCGAUUACGAAAAGUUUGGUUUGGGUAUUACUAGUGACAUUGUAGCUCAUUUCCUAAAAAAUUUUUUCAAUAAAGGUCACGUCAUUUACAUCAUUUUUUGGAUAAUUGGUAUUCAUCUCCAGAAUUGGCCGAAUUUCUACAUGACCGUGAUACAGGAAUCUGUGGAACUGUGA